UGUGCAUUGUAUGGCUCCUGUCAGUGACUGGCUGUGCGCCACAGUGUGGCUCUGCCUCCCUCCCUCUGCACUCUGCUUCUGUCGGCAGCUGCUUUCACUCUUCCCACUUUCUCCUCCUGUCUGCUCCUCGGAGCGCUGCUGCCGCUGACCCUGGAUUCAUCUGGCAUUUGUCAACUGAAACAGGAUGAAAGCCUUUUUUUGCUUCGUAUUUCCUACUUGGUCAUACCUUCUGUGUCUUCUGUCAGGAGGCACAUGUUCAGAGGCAGAGCAUAAGCUCUUCUCUGUGAUAUUCUCCAACUACAACCAGUACAUUCGACCUGUAGAAAAUGUGUCUGACCCAGUUAUUGUGCAGUUUGAGGUGUCCAUGUCACAGCUGGUCAAGGUGGAUGAAGUCAAUCAGAUCAUGGAGACCAAUCUGUGGCUAAGACAUAUCUGGAAUGACUACAAACUCAAAUGGAACCCAAAAGAUUUCGGAGGCGUUGAGUUUAUCCGUGUGCCGUCCAGCAGGAUAUGGAAGCCAGACAUUGUGCUGUACAACAAUGCAGUUGGAGAUUUCCAGGUUGACGACAAAACAAAGGCUCUGCUUCGCUACAAUGGUGACGUUACCUGGAUCCCUCCAGCCAUAUUCAAGAGUUCCUGCAAGAUCGACGUCACAUACUUCCCCUUCGACUACCAAAACUGCACAAUGAAGUUUGGCUCCUGGACCUACGACAAGGCCAAGAUUGACCUGGUGCUGAUUGGCUCAACUAUCAACCUCAAGGACUUCUGGGAGACUGGCGAGUGGAUAAUCAUUGAUGCGCCUGGAUACAAACAUGACAUUAAGUACAACUGUUGUGAGGAGAUCUACACAGAUAUCACGUACUCUCUGUACAUCCGCCGCCUGCCUCUCUUCUACACUAUCAACAUGAUCAUCCCCUGCCUCCUCAUCUCCUUCCUCACUGUGCUCGUCUUCUACUUGCCUUCUGAUUGCGGCGAGAAAGUCACACUGUGUAUCUCCGUCUUGCUGUCUUUGACUGUCUUCCUCCUCGUCAUAACAGAAACCAUCCCAUCCACCUCGCUAGUCAUACCCUUGAUCGGUGAAUACCUCCUCUUCACCAUGAUUUUUGUCACCCUUUCUAUUGUCAUUACUGUUUUUGUGUUGAAUGUCCACUACCGCACACCAAAGACUCACACUAUGCCCUGCUGGGUGCGCAGUGUGUUCCUGGGACUGCUUCCCAGGGUGAUGUUCAUGACCAGGCCAGAGAGGGACCCUGAAAAUGUGACUGUGGCUGGCAGUGUUCAGGCCACGCAUUCAAGACCCUGUGCCAUUCAUUCCACAGGUACUCUGCAGAAGCAGCACAAACCUCAGGGCCUGACCACCAGUGUGGUGUCCACCCUGACCAACCGCCAGCGGCUUCUUAACAACACAGAGCUCUCCAAUCUCAAUAACUUGAGCGGAGACUCAAUCAAAUGUACCGGCUCCGGGUUCUUGUGCUGUGAAGGCUGUUGCAACUGCUGCUGGCAGAAGAGAUCCGGUAAACUGCCUGCAGACUCUGGAGGAGGGAGCGGGGGACUGGGCAGCCUGGGGACCCUGACUGGAGGGGGAGCUGUCGGGGUCGGAGGCGGCAGUCAGUGCUCCAGCUCCGAGUCUCUGGAUGGAGGAAUAUUGUCUUUGUUGCCACUCUCUCCUGAGGUCAGGGAGGCUAUUGAGAGUGUUAAAUACAUCGCGGAGAACAUGAGACUACAGAAUGAAGCAAAGGAGGUUCAGGAUGACUGGAAGUAUGUUGCCAUGGUUAUUGACAGGAUCUUCCUAUGGGUUUUUGUUCUCGUGUGCAUCCUGGGAACAGCUGGCCUCUUCCUCCAGCCUCUCUUACUCGGGGAGGACAUCUGAUUCAGUUUGACAAACCUAAUACUCCAGACUGUUGAACUGCUCACCAUUCAUUACACAUAAGAGUCUGGCCAUGGCUUACAGAGAGUAAAUACAGUGCAGCCAAAGUCAAGGGGAAAAGAUGGCCGUUGUUUUUUCCCCCCCACUGAAAUAGUUUUCUGGACUCUUGAAUGCUAAGGACACGGCUGACCAAAAAUGGACAGUGGUUAUCCUGCAAUUCAGAUGACUUUUACCUGACUGCCUGAAAAAAGAUGAUGAUCUGAUAUGCUCUCAAAGUCAGAGGUCUGACUGGCAAAUUUGGGCUAAUUUCCUGCAAUUCACUGUGAGUCAGAUCCUGUAAUUAUUCAGUAUAGCAGCAUCCACAGAAGUGAAAAUUACUUGGACAUCCUAAAUGAAAAUAACAUUUGAAUGUUACCUCGAAGGGUAGUUUGUGUAAUCCAACUAAACUGAUGUAAAAUAAUGUGUAUGACAGCCUCUUACAUCUGUUGUUUCUUCUCCUCUGUUUCUUGGACAAUUCUAGUUAGGCUCUGCUGACAAAACAAAUAUUCAUGUACUACCAGCCAUAAUGUCAGCUUUGUUAAUGGUUUGCCUCUGUGAAUCAUGAAUCAUCUUCAGUCACAGAAUUUUCUGUUUGAAAAUUUCUAGCCUCUGACUUGAACAGAACACAGCAUUUGACACUGCAGUGCAGAUUUGCAGUAGGUUGUAACAUAUCCAAAACACCAAGGUAAUACCAAGUUCUAAAAAAUAUAUUUUUUGAUGAAUAAACAAUGGAUACAGUGAUUAAAGUUACAAAAUUUAAGCACAUGUCACAUUAAGCAAAAGUGCACAUGAAUGCACAAAUGUUGUUAGAAAGUUCAACAUCUGAGUUAUUUGUAUUAAAUCCAUUUUAAGUGACAUGCCAAAAGUAUUUAUAGUACAGUGCAAAUGUUUGUGCAAAAGUAAUACGUGCUAACGGCACACAAAGUAAACAGAACAUCGAGUAAACAUCUUAGAAAAGUCACUACAGUUCCUCUGUUGAUUUAGACUGUGUCAGUGUCUUGUGUCUCUUCAUGUAAUCUCAGACUGACUUCAUGAUGUUGUGAUCAGGGCUUUGUUGGGACCACACCAUCUGUUGCAGAGCUUCUUGCUCUUCUUGCCGCUGAAGGAAGUUCUCUGUUACUCUGGAUAUGUUUGAGGUCACUGUCAUACAUAUAUAUAUAUAUAUAUAUAGGAUCAGAUAUAUACAGUGCGCAUGUUACAUAUUUUGGAUAUAAAGCCAGAGAGGCCAGACUGAGAAGGUCUGGACACGAACAGAGGAGAAGCAGUAAAUAUUUCGGUAGAAAAAUGCUGAGUUUUGUACUCCUGGGCAGGAGGCCUCGAGGAAGCCAAAAGAGGAGGUUUAUGGAUGCAGUGAAAGAGGAUGUGAAGUUAGUGGGUGUGAGAGAUGAGGAUGCAGAGGAUAAGGUUAGGUGGCCACCCCUGAAGAGAAACGCCGAAAGGAAAGAAGAUUUUUAGACACUACAUUUCAAACUGUAAAAUGUUUAAUGUGGAUUUCCUUGUCUAUGAGAGCCUAGCACUGACCAAGGUGGUGUUGAAAGAGUGACAUCAUGUGGCAAUUCUUGGUUACUACAAGUGACUUCAUGGCUCUUUCAGAAUAAGAUGUCACCAACUUUGUGCUCCCAAUUGAUGUUGCAACCUCACUCAUUCUCACAUGUAAAAUUUUAUGAAAGUGUAUGUUGAAAUUGAUGCUUUAAAUUUCUCAUUAAAAGAGCUGCUGUUUAAUUUGACAGUAUUUCCUUCUGAGCAGUGCGAUGACUGAAGUAAAGAUCAUUUACAUUUUUUUUUUGUGGUGAAGACAUUUACACAGGAAAGUGUUUGGAGUGUAAAAUAAAAAUACUUUUGUAAAUACUACAAAAUAAAAUUGUGUUGCAUUUUUAUGUA